AUGAGUAACCGUGUCUUCCUCAUGCUUUCUCUUUUGCUGAUUGCAUGCCACAUCACUGGUGCAACUAUCUUCGACCCGCUGAAUUUAAGCUGCAAGUGUGCCAGAGUAACGAGCAACUUCAUUCGCCCCGCCAAAUAUGCAAGAGUCGAGAUCAUUCCAGCUGGGAUUGCCUGCAAAAAAAUGGAAAUCAUAAUCACACUAAAGAACAAGCACAAAGUCUGCGUUGAUCCCAGAGCCAAAUGGGUGAACAAUUUAUUGAAUAUGAUGGAAAAUGUGAAUGGAGUACGACUUUCCCCUUGAAAUGAAGUUGGAAGAGUCCUGGAAGAGGCAAGGCCCGCGUGCCCCGUAGAUCCCCAAAUGUGAAGCUUCUUGCUUUCUGCUUUGUGAUGGCGAUUGUGUUUAAUUCUUCC